AUGAGUAGACUAUACGAGAAGAGAAUUUAAUCCCUGUAUCGUUCAUACAAUAUAACACAUAAAUAAAUACAUUAGCUUUAAUUUAAUUUUGUAGCAUUUUCUAGUAUAACUAAAACGGCCUUACCAAAAUCGCAGCAAUCGAUGAUUUUCCGGCAAUUCUCCGGGAGAAUUCUGCCGGCGAUUUAUGACUCUUGUAAAAAAAUUCGAUUCGAAGCUAACCGUAGUUUCCGAUCUGAUGCGGCGCUCGAAGCCAUAGCUAAUGCGUUGGAAGAGAAAGUACCAAACUUAGUGCUAUACAAUUAUCCUUCCUUCUCCGGCGCUUUUUCUGCUCUCUUCGCUCAUCUCUACCACUCUCGCCUCCGUCUUCCUUGUCUUUCUUCUGUCGUACCCUUUAGGGUUGAAGAUUUGUGUUUGGAGGGGUUCGAGAGGUGUUAUCUUCUCGAUUUUGUUGUUCCAAAAGACUUUGCUUGCCGGGAAACAGCUUGCGAGAUCAUAUGCUUUGAUCAUCGGAGCUCGGCAUUGACAAGGAUUGGUUCGAUAAAGGAAGAUCACAAGACGAGGCUAAAGAUUAAUGUUGAUACUGAAACGACUAGCUCAAAGGCUGUGUAUGAAUAUUUCUCCAGUAAACUCACAGAUCAAAGAUCUCCUGAGGAGGUAGAAGCUCUCAGCAGUUUGCUAAGUGUAGAAGACAAAGCUCGGAUUGAAUUAGUUCUUGAUUAUAUUGAAGAUAUUGAUCUUCGACGAUGGAGAUUACCAGAUAUCAAAGCUUUCAGCUUCGGUCUCAAGGAUUGGCGCUCAGGGCUCAAUUGUAUCACCAAUCCUUACAUGUACGAACAGUUGUUAAGAAUAAAUUCGGCGGAUCUCAUCGCUUAUGGGAAUUCAUAUUUUUCAUCUCGGCUUACUGAUGCAAAGAAAGUGUUAAAGUUGAGUAAAGCUUGCAAGAUCAGUUUGGGAAGAGGGUUAUAUGGAGAGUGUUUGGGAAUUCGCGCAGACGGUAACAAUCAUCUAAGCGAUGAACUUAGCAAGUUACUUAGCCUACAAAGUUCUGCAGCUGGUCUGAGGCCAAUAGGAGCUGUUACAUUUAUGCAAAGGAACAACCUGAAAAUGUGCUUGAGAAGUACUGAUGAUAUAACUGAUACAUCUGAAGUUGCCAAGGCUUAUGGAGGAGGUGGAACAUCUAGUUCAAGCUCGUUUAUCAUAAGAAUGGAUGAAUAUAAUCAAUGGCUUUCGAAGAAUCCACCAUGACAAGUUUAGUGAUCAGAAAGAAGAGGGAAGCAGUCUGAGCUGUUUCCUUUCUUGUCCGGAGAACUGUACUAAGAAGAGGUAGCCUAAACAGAAUUGUGUUUUGGGUCAGGUUUUUGUUAAUAUGAUUUUGGUUUAGUUUGGUCUAGGCACCGCUAUGGUUAAGGCGGUGAGAUCGAACGGCCUAAAUUUCAAGAUGUGUAAUACUUUCGAUCGUACUAAUUUUACAAAACAAAUUGUUAUUCGGUCCUCCUACUUCC